UAAAAAUAACUAAAUUUUUUAGUAAUAUCCUUAGAAUGCACCGACUAAUACAUUAAUCUCUUUUAAAGUUUUUUUUUUUUUUGGUUCAAGUUAUUACGUUACUUAAGUCAUGAAUAAAAAAAUGUAAAAAUCUGAAUGUAUAUAGUUUAUAUUUUAUAAGGGUAUUAAAUGAAAGGUAGGGUGUGUGUGUAAGAACACAGAGAAGCAGGUGAGGUCAAACUAGACACAACACUUAAUGCAUUGAGCAGAAGAAAGAAGAAGAAGAAGAAGAAGAAGAAGAAGAAGAAGAAGAAGAAGAGAGAACUUUAAAAAAAAAAAUGGAAGUCAAUGGAGAAGAAGAGAGAAGAAGUAGAAGAGAAGAUGAAGAAAAAGAAGAUUACUACUCUCUUCUCAACUCUCCAUGUUCUAUUUGUCACAAAGUUGUUCAAGCCAUAUUGAAGUGUCUUGGUCUUGAUUCAUCACCAAUACCACCACACUCAUCAUCAUCUUCAUCAUCAUCACCAUCACUAGUAGAAGAAGAAGACACAGGAACUGAUGAACUCGUAGAAGAAACAGGAUUUAUGGCGAGGAUCACAGGAGUGUUAAGAAGGAGACCAAGACCACCUUACAGCUCAGGACGACCUGGUCAAAACAAUUGAUUUCUGAUAAACACUUGUUUUGUGUCUCUGUGUGUGUCUUCUUCUUGUUUAAAAACUCACUUAUGAUCUUUGAAAUUUCUUUACUUGAAUUUUUGUUUUCUGCGAAUGGUUUGCUUUUUAGUUUAUGUUUUACAUGCUUUAUUUAUUUGAAAGAAGACAAAACUGGUAACUCUUUUGUAACAUAGUUUUCAUGUUUACCUACUAAUAAAAUACGUGACUUACUGAUUA